AUGGGAUUGAGCCCCGCUCUCUUACUGAAGAUCGAUCAAGUAGCCGAACUAGCGUGGGCUUGUGACAAUGACAACAUAAAAAUCAACCGUAAAGAUGUUGCUCAACUAAAGAACGACCUCGAUAGCCUUCAACAAAGGAUACCCACAGAACACAUCGAUCCUAAUAUGGAGUGUGCUGCAAUCGCAGAAGCAAACAGGCUUGGGGCCCUUCUUCUUCUGUAUGAGAUCUGUUCGACCAAAGCCCCUAUUGAUCGAUCUGGUAUCCCGACAUUGGAAUCCGAGGAGAAGAAUGUUUAUGUUGAACGGAUAUUGACAUUGCUAUUGGAAAAGAAGACGAAUAUAAUGCGUACUGCAGUUACGCCUUUAUGGCCUCUCUUCUUGGCAGGGUGCUGUGCUCACAGGGAAGAGGAGAGGGUCAUUGUGUUGCAGUUGUUUAGAGAACUAGAGAGUAUUCGUCGAUUUGGGAACAUCACCCCUGCGAUUGAAGUCGUUGAAAUGGUCUGGCGCCAGCGGGACUUGUCGGUACAGGAUGAAAGAAAACUCCAGAAAAGGCUCAACCCACAGCGCCAGAAAGAUCCCUUGCGAGAGACCCGGUUCUCGUGGGAGCAUGCAAUGGUCAUGCUGGGUGAUUGGAAGCUCAGCUUGACUUGA